AUGGUAGCAAAACAAAGGAUCCGUAUGGCAAACGAAAAGCACAGCAAAAACAUCACGCAGAGAGGCAACGUUGCAAAGACCCUGGUGAGGCGAAGCUUUUCUUCAGGCUGUGUGUGUUCCAUCAUCAGACGAAAGGAGAUGCAAGCAUGAUGACACCGAUUCAGUUAAUCAUCACUAAGAAUUGCAUGAUUUCAAUAAAUGUGACACAUCCAUUUCAUAAUGAUAAAUUAUUGAUUGUGUAGGCCUAUCUAAUGUUAUGGUUCUAAUUGGGUAUCGAUAACGCAGCUCAUCUCUCUCAUCACAUAAAAAAACCCGCAUGUUGUAGCCUAUCUAAUAUGAUUCAUUUAUAAUCAUUCUGAUCAAUCACAGGACACGUACAAGCCGCAAUGAAUGAGUUUUCAAGUUAUUCUCCAUUCAUUGUAAUUCAUGGGCCAUUGUAAUUCAUGGGCCGUUGGUUGGUUGGUUUAUCACUACUGAUGGCUGUAUGUUUCCUUUAUGGUCUAUUAUCUUGAACCCGCGGUUUGCCACAGGGUUUACAGCCCGGUAUUCUCCUGAUCAAUAAUUAAUGAGAGAUCAAUGCCACGUAGAUAACGGUGGAGAUUGUCAACAAGGAUGGCAUCAUCAUCUGGUUGUUCAGUCCAUAAAGAAAGCAUAAGGUUGUUGAUGAACUCUAUGGUCCAUCUCUAUCCUGACCAGGUCACAAACACAAACACACACACACACACAGUUUUGUAUUGCAAUCCUUGUGGGGACCAAAUAAUUGAUUCCCAUCCAAAAUCCCAUUUUCCCUAAUAACCCCUAACCCUAAAUCUUAACCCUAACUCUAACCCUAAACCUAACCUUAAUUAUAACCCUAAACCUAACCCCUAAGCCUAAAAUAGCAUUUUUCCUCGUAGGGACCAGCAAAAUGUCCCCAGCAUUUUCCUUGUUUUACUAUCCAUGUGAGGACUUCUGGUACCCACAAGGAUAGUUAAACAAAUACACACACACACACACACACACACACACACACACACAGAUGAUAUAGGACAGGUAGUGAUACUGAUUAUUAAGUAACGCUGGAAUGUAGGUUUCACUUCCUCAUGUGGAUUGGUUACACUGGCCUGUAUUGGUUUAGAUAGUGUACACUAAGCACUUGUAUGAUUGUGCUGUAAUAGCCUAUAGCCUUAGGGAAAUGGGAGGUGUUCAUAAUUUAUUAAAUUAUCAUAACUGCUGAAUGUAAUGUUAUAGCAUUUGAUUCCCAAUCUAUCCACCCUCCAACAGAUUCCUUUUUACGGCUGGCUGAUUUGUUCUCUUGGUGUUCCUUAAGAUGUCCGUUUUUCUUCUGACAACCUUGAAUUAUGAAACUAUACCAGAAAUCUUUACAGGCCUUCAACAUGACUGCAUUGUGCAAGGUGACACUGAAUGGAAUAGCUCACUGUGGGAUAAAGAUUGUUGUCAUUGUGUGUAUUAGAAUAAAGGAAUCCUUGGGGUUUGCACUGUAUAUUCUAGAUAGCUAUUGUGUCAUUCACAAUAAUACCAUAACACCAUCAGAAAGCACAUGGGUGCUAUCCAACUGUAUUAUGACAUCACCCACACCAAACCACAUCUUGUGGUUGUGAUAGUUUAUGAUGGUGAGUCUCAUGCUGCUGGUCUAGACAGCCAGGCAGGCUGAGGGUUUCCAGAGACAUAUUGUAUAUCAAAUGUUUUUACAUCAGUGGUUUGGUUUCCACUCCUGUUUUCCAUAAGAACUAGAUGUGUUCAUAGCUGAGUCUGAGGGGCUAAAUGCUAACUCUGCAGAACUCAGUUUAUUAUUAGAUCCAGUCUAUUCUGGUGUAACUGGGUACAAAACAUCCACACCGUAAUGAGGACAGGGUUUAAAACAGUCAGACUGAGACUGGACUAACCUCUUAUCUGGUUGGAAACGUGUCCUAUUCAGCACGUGUUGUUGAUGUAGGCCUAAAGGUCAUAACACUGUAUGAAACUUCAUCCAAUGGAUGUUUGUUCAACCUGGUUGGUCUUCCUCCACCAAGCUGUGUGUCCUGUAGUCGCAUAUUCUGGCCAGUUUUGACUGCCCUUGAACAACAACUGUCCGACCUUGACCUUCAUAGUAACUCUGACCUUAUGUCCGACCUUAUGUCUGGUGUGUGUGGCCAGUCAGAGGAGGAUGCCUCUCAAGAUUUCCUCCUCCUACAGUGGAGGUUUCCUGGCCAUUGUUACACUAAACAUGCUCACUGGGGGUUCAGGCCCUAUCAGGUCCUAAAAUGACAUAUCUCUACAACUAAAAUAGUUAACUAACGGAAGAACUCCUAUCACAACUGUUUAAUUCCGAAGGAUCCUGUUGUUUCGAAAGGGGUCCUAAGACAAGACAUAUUACAUAAAUAGUGACAUUUGAAUGACGUUUGACCUGUAUGUCUCAGUGGUUGAACAUUGUUGUUGUUUUCUCUCCCCACUUCCUCUCAGCGACCUCAGGAGGAGAAGUACCCUGUGGGGCCGUGGCUCCUGGCUCUGUUCGUCUUCGUCGUUUGUGGAUCAGGUAAGGCCCAAACAUCCAGUGUUCAACAUUCUGUUUCACAUUAGCCUUGAUAUUACUCACCUAGGGAACAUUGGUUUACCACUUCAGUUUUCUGCUAAAUUACUUUGCUUAACUGGAUGUUGUCUUGUGUAACAACAGCCACUUUCUCUCUCAGCCAUCUUUCAGAUCAUCCAGAGCAUCAGGAUGGGAAUGUGAUCCAUAGGCCCCACCAGACUCUGCCCUCUCUCCCUACACUCCCUCAUCAGACCUGGGGCUGCUCACCAACCUACGUACCUCCCUAACACCUCCAGGAGGCCUGGAGGUCCGGACAGCUCUGUGUCCAUCAGGGAAGGCCUGA